AUGGGGAGAUCAAGAACUCCAGAAAAAGGACGUCCAGUUGUCAAGACUGGAGCUGUUGUGAUAGAAACUGGUACUGGGACAUGUAAAGCUGGAUUUGCAGGUCAACAGACUCCCCAGUCUGUCAUUGGGACUUUGGUUGGACAUUGUACAGAGAAGUCCAUGAGGACUAGAAGAAAUAGACCAGAUACGUUCAUUGGGGAGAAAGCCAGAUUGGAGCCUGAUCUUGAUAUCAUUUUGCCAGUACGUCAUGGCAUAAUCAUAGACUGGGAUGCGGCUGAAGUCCUUUGGAGACACCUCUUCUACGAUCACCUCAAAGUUGCUCCUGAAGACCACCCCCUCUUAAUGUCUGAUCCUCCACUGUGCCCGACCACAAACAGAGAGAAGCUGGUGGAGGUCGUCUUUGAGUCCCUCCACUCUCCAGGAAUGUAUGUGGCAUAUCAGUCCGUGCUGUCGGUGUACGCUCAUGGUAAAAUUAGUGGCUUAGUAGUCGACACUGGCUAUGCGGUGACCCAUACUGUGCCAGUCCAUCAAGGGUACAAUUUGCCGCAUGCCAUAGAAAGAAUGGACAUUGCUGGGUCCAAUAUGACAUCUUUCUUGAUGGAUCUUCUAAAGGACAUGGGACAUUACUUCGAUGACAGAAUGCUAGAUAUUGUUGAUGAUAUCAAACACAAAUGCUGCCUCACAGUGGCCACUGAUUUUGAGAAUGAAUGGAACAGUCACAAGAGGGAAUACAUUGUGGAUUAUCAGUUACCAGAUGGGCAGAUUAUAAGACUGGGGAAAGAGAGAUUUCAGUGCCCGGAGAUGCUGUUCAAUCCUCCUCAGAUGCCUGGCCUCUCUCUUGUAGGAAUCCAUGGCAUGGCCCAAAGAAGCCUGAGAAAGAUCCCUGAAGAGACUCGGAAAGAAAUGUAUGAAAACGUCAUGUUAUGCGGAGGCUCAUCCCUCUUUGAAGGACUUGAGAAGAGAUUUUCUCAUGAGCUUCUGGCCAAUCUUCAGUCCAAUACGAAAGUGAAGGAGUCUCGAAAUACAUCCCCACUGAGAAAAUGCUCAGUCUGGACUGGAGGGUUGGUUCAAGCUUCCCUGAAGAAGAACUUCCAGCCCUGUUGGAUUAAAAAGGAACAAUAUCACGAGCAUGGGCCGUACAUCGUCCACAGGAAGUGCUACUGA